AUGAUGAUUACGACGACGACGGCGUUGACGAAAGCGCUUCUUUCUCUUUGUCUUCUUUUACACGUCUUCUCUGUUGAAGUCGAGGCGAUUCGACCGAUGACGACGGAAAGGAUGCCGUCAUCACCACCCAAAAACAAGUAUAAAACGAACGAGGAGUUACGCGACGCGUUCGAUGCAAUCGCGAAGAACUGCGUGGAGACGUCCCAGGGGAAACGGCACGGAGAGGUGAUUCCAAUCGGCAGUUCGGUCAACGGGUUCGAGAUAUUCGCGAUGCGAGUGAGGAACUUAUACGAUGACCACCGAGACAAGAGCAAUAACGGAGAGAGGACGACGAGCGAAAAUGAAGAGGAUGACGACGUUUUGAACGCACAAACGACGCCUUCGUUUGGAUUCAUCGGGAAUAUGCACGGCGACGAACCAGUCGGGAGAGAAAUAACGUUGCGCUUAGCGGAGUGGGCGUGCGGAGAGGACGACAAUCAUCGCGAGAACGAGGAAUCCUCCUCGUUUUUUGGGAACGAUAUCGAGAAAGCGAGUAAAGUGAAAACGAAAGCGACGUUGUAUUUCAUCCCGACGUUGAACCCGGACGGGUUUGCCAAACGGAGACGAGAGAACGCGAACAAUAUCGAUUUGAACAGAGAUUUUCCGUUUAUCGAAUUCGCGAAACCGGAACCGAGGAGAGUGCCGCAUCACGUGAAGAUGGGGGCGCCUCACGUGCAAAAUAGGAGGGUGAAUGAUUUAUACGACAAUACCUUGAGGCAGUUACAACCGGAAACGCGGUCGAUUAUUGAGUUCAGCAAACGAGUUAAUUUGACCGGCGCGUUGAAUUAUCACGAAGGCGCGUUGGUCGCGAAUUAUCCCUGGGACGGGAAUCUCGAUGGAUCCACGAAGUACUCGCGAGCGCCGGACGACAAGAUUUUCAAACGCGCGGCCUCGUUGUACGCGCAAUCGCACGGUGAAAUGAAAGAGUCCAAAGAGUUUGUCGGAGGCGUGACGAACGGCGCGCAGUGGUACCCGUUGUGGGGCGGCAUGCAAGAUUGGCACUACGUCAAGACGCAAACUUUAGACAUUACGAUUGAAGUGAACGAUCGCAAAUGGCCUUUGGAGGAUGAAAGACUCGGGGAGAUUAUCCGCGCGCACUGUCGAGCGUCUAUUGAUACCGCACACGACGUCAUGUUUGUUUCCGCUCGCGGGUUUGUGUUCGAUAAGAGUUCGAACGAAGCGUUGGAGAAGUGCGAAGUGCGCGUCGAAAAUUUAGAUUUCGAUCGACAACUUCGCAACGAUGGGCAAACGAAUAAACCACCGCUGCCGGUGUUUACGAAUAAGAGAGGAUAUUUUGUGAAACCAGUUUUUAUUGCUGGCGAGACGAGCGGAGGUACGACGAACACGUUUGAAAUUAUGGUGACGUGUCCGGACGCGUCGCAGACGCAUCGGCAAAAGAUUACCGACGUGGACGUCUCAAAUGGCGUCGAUUUGGUCGUUCGCAUCUUAACUUCAAACAGUAAAAAGACCGUAGACGUGAAGCAAAUGGCUGCUUUGAGAGCUUCUUCUUCUUCUUCUUCUUCUCCUUCUUCUUCAUCAUUCCACGGUGGGGCGCGCUCGCAGCGCGGCGGCGCCACUCGAAUAUCGCCAAAGAGUAAGAAAAGUAAAUACAUCCUAUUUUGCGUAACGUUAACUAUUAUCGUUAUUCUCGUUCGCCGCCAACGCCGUCGACGUGCUAAAUUGAACGCAGUGAGGAAACUAGAAACGAACGGGCAAACGUUUUUGAAUUCGCCCGUACCGAAAGCGAGUAGUUUGAUAUCUUAG